UAAAGAAAUCAAGUCGGCGAAUUACUCCAAAUUAAUAUUUUACUUCACAUUUUCUUAUAACUUUAAUUGUUAUUUCGGUGUUUAUUAUUGUUACUGAGUAGUCAUGAAACAUGAUGUUUUUUGUGAAAAUAGUUUGUAUAACAAUUUUAUUGACUGCAAUAAUUGUAACGGGAAGAAUACACAAAUUGCCUCUUUUGGAUGAUGAACGCCAUUAUGUGGAUUUGACGACGUUUGGGUUUUUUCAAGGCGGAGUUCUCGAUGUACGCAUGCUUAAUUUUAAGUUACCGCCAGGACCUAUUUUAGGGGAGUAUGGAUUCACAUUGGAUAGAACUGCAAAUGAUGCUAUUAACCCAUAUUUGGAGGCACAUUCAGAUACUUGUUUUCUCAAAGAGAGUGUCAAUAGUGUUGUAUCACCAAAACAUCCAUCUAUUGUCUUUCUAAAAAUGGAUUUUGUUAAUUCAAGGUUAAAUAUCUCUUGCAAGGGUGAAAUAACAGCAUUACAUCUAUAUCAAAACCGGACAGCAAUACCUACAGAUCGCACCAAGAGACAAUCUCAAUAUUUGUUUAUUAAUCGAAAAAGAAGUAUUCCAAGCGAUGCUGAACAAAGUGAUAAGAACUAUGUAACACAGUGUUCCAACUCUGUACUGCCAAUAACAAAAGAAACGCAUGGAGGAUAUGAUUAUUACAAUACUAGUUUUGCAAUGUAUGUGGCGUCAGACAAUGAGGAAGGACUGUACAACUUAUAUUUUCAUAAUUGUCCGGGAAAAGAAGAUUCUCCUGCUAUAAAUGUUAUGUUGGAAAUAUAUGAGAGCAAUGAUGGAAACUUCCUAUCAGCCGGCGAAAUGCCUUUACCAGCUUUAUACAGCAUGAUGUCAAUAAUUUUCUUUUUGAGUGCUGGCUUUUGGACGUUUAUCUUGAAGACAAGCAGACACCCUGUGUAUAGAAUUCACAUUAUUAUGUGUGUUCUAGUAUAUCUUAAGGCGCUGUCUUUAGCUUUCCAUGCAAUAAACUAUCAUUUCAUACAAACAAGAGGUGAACAUGUAACAACAUGGGCAAUAUUGUAUUAUAUAACACAUCUGUUAAAGGGUGCUGUGUUAUUUGUGACAAUUGUCCUUGUCGGCACCGGUUGGAAUUUCAUUAAGCAUAUACUGGCUGAUAGAGACAAAAAGCUAUUCAUGAUUGUAAUACCAUUGCAGGUUGUUGCGAAUGUGGCUGAAAUAAUAAUAGCGGAGAGUGAGGAGGGAGCUGCAGAGCACAAUACAUGGCGAUAUCUUUUCAUUUUUGUUGAUCUGCUUUGUUGCGGAGCCAUACUGUUUCCUGUUGUCUGGUCAAUACGUCAUUUGCAAGACGCUUCCACCACAGAUGGCAAAGCAGCUAUAAAUCUUCGCAAGUUGAAGUUGUUCCGCCAUUUCUAUGUAAUGGUCGUCUGCUACAUAUACUUCACAAGGAUAGUUGUUUCACUGCUUAAGAUCUUAGUGCCAUUCCAAUACUCUUGGAUUGAUGAGAUGUUCCAUGAGAUUGCGACGUUCGUGUUCUUUGUGAUGACUGGUUAUAAGUUCAGACCUGCCGCUGCUAAUCCUUACUUUACACCCAAUUAUGAUGAUGUUGAACCAGAAGUGUUAACAGAAAUUGGUGUAUUGGAUGGAGUCACACGAGUGCCGAAUAGAGAAAAGAAGCGCGAAGAUAUGCAGCCAUUGAUGCAGGAGACCAAUUAUAACUCCGAUUAAUUGUAAAAUUACACUUUCUUAUAUUAGUUUCUAUAAUGUACACUUCACACCAAAAAAAAUGGAAUAUUAUGUUAUUAAAUAUUUUUAUGUUAAAAUUUUGUACGAUAAAUAAAGUACGAAAAGUCAAAAACUUAGAUUCUUUGCUGCUACUGGUACUUACUGACAUGGGUGAGAUUUUUUCUAUAAAGUAAUAUUGAAAUUAUCAAUUAAUGAAUAAUUUAUUAAAUAUACGCCAUCAGGCAAAAAUAAAAUGCACGUUAUAUCUUAUUUUAGCACUUUCCGUGAUGUUAUGAUUAAUAGGCGAUUCCUAAUGUCAGUUUUUAUUGUUUUUUCUUCGAGAUAUGGAAAAAAAAUUAGUUAUCAAAUUAUGGUGCUGUGGUGGUUUUAUUUUGCAAGUUGUCAUUGAAUGACACAAUUUAGGAUCUAGUUAGUGGUGCUAAAUAUUUUUUUUAUUUUUAGUUUCAAAAAAAAAUCCCCUGCAGUUAUUUUUGGUGUGAAGUGUAUCAAUUGAAAUAGAAGCAGUAUUGUAUAAUCAUAAAUAUUAACGAUAGUACUGCGUAAGUUAGAUUUUGAUUUGCAAAAUUUUUAGACUACCUUCGGAUUAAUUAAUUUUGAAGGAUGUUUAGAUUGUGUGAAUUACAGUGAGUUUCCGAGACUACAAACUCUGUAUAAAACAUAUAGUCAUCCUUGUCAUUAUCUAUGACAAAAAAGAGAUAACAAUAUGUUUUAAAUGGAAAUUUGGUACUCAGAUACCCACGCUUAUAUUAUGAAAUGUAGGGUAAGUUUUUUACUUAAUACCAACUUAUAUGAAAUAUUUUUUUUUGGCUAUGCAUGGACCUGGUGCCAUUUUAAUCCGUAAUAAAUAACAUUUUUUGUGUUUAACAUAACUUUGAUGUCAUUAAAUUUCGAUUUUUACAAUAAUAAGAAAGAAGUUACUUAUAUAAUCUUAUAAAUCUGAAUUGAUAUUAAAGGAAAUACAAAUAUAAAUUUAUUAUAAAAUCCAAAAUUUCUAAUGUAACGUGUUUAAUGUGUAUUUACUAAGUAUUUCAUCAAAUUCGGAAUCCUGAAUAGAAUCACAUGACAACCGCGCACAUAGCUAAAGAAAUCUUCACUCUAAUUAUUUGACUUUCCACAAUUAAAUUCCACAGAAAAAACAAAUUAAUAUUAUUUUUUUAAUUCCAUUUUUAUGCUAUAUCAAUUCUUAUGAAAACUUAAUCUUACUACAUAAUUUUCUUACAAUGUAGUACUUUAGUGCGGUGACAAUAAAAUUAUGAUUCUAUUUUUUCGUCUAAAACAAUAACUUUAUUUCUAAGUUAUAGCAAAGACUAAGUAAUAUAGUGAUUGGAGUUCGUAAUUAAUAUUGAAAACCUAAUAAAAUAUUUGUAAUUGUUGUGAAACAUUGGUGAAAACUCAAAAUACUGUAUAAAACUAGAAAUUAUCUCUGUCUACUCUGUAGACGACUAUCACUAGGCUUCUUAUUUUAAGAUAAAAUUUAAUAUAACUAGUUUGUAAUUUUUUUUAAGUAAAUUUGAUAUAAUAUUCCAAAUAUUUCAUUAAUAUUUAGAUUUGUCUUGUGAUGUAUAUAUCAUUGUAUUUAGAAUUAAUAUAAAUUUAGGUGAUUUCAAUAUACUUACAAAUGUGUAUAUGUAGGGUUUAGAGUAUAUUAUAAUUCAGUAUAAAUAUGUUUACUUAAAAUAUUAUAGUCCCAUAAAUUUUUAUAUUCAAUUUCUUUUCAAGUAAUUACAGGGAAUUCGAUUUUUUAUCAUUAUAAAAUUUACUAUCAAAUUAUUUUAUUUAAUUUAUAUUUUUUUGGUCAUUUUUAUAUUUAUUUAAUCGACCCGCAACGGUAGGGGUACAAUACAUCUGUAGGUUUUUUUUACAUUUAAAAUUUGAAACGGAUCUAACGUAAUUUCAUCUCACAGGACUUUUCUAUGCCGAUUUUUUUUCCAAUUAACAUUGAUUCAAUUAAGAAAAUUUAAUAAUUUUUUUUUAAAUUACGAUGUAUAAUAUCAUGACACCAUUUUAAACCAUCAACCAUAUUUAUCCUUUAUUAUUAGAAAGGAUUUAAUGUAUAUAAGCCGUUAAUUUUAAUUAAAAUUAGAUAUAAACAUAGACUUAUACCUAUUAAGAGAACAAAAAUGAGGCUUUUUAAAAAUGUUUUAUGUUUUAAUUUGUUUCAGACAAUCUUACUAUAAUAUUAUAAAUGCGA